AUGCAAACAAAAUAAGUUUAAGAAUAAAAGAGAUCUUCAUCUACCUUCAAAAAUAUUAUAUGGAUUAUAAUAGGGGUGUUUGUGGCCUACAAUAUUAAAUUGUAUAUUAAUCGUAGUUCUUUAGCCCAAUUUGAAAUAAGAGGAAAUGGUAUAAUAUAAGUUUAUAAAUUAGAAAUCAUAAUGGAAAACAAAGGCUUAAACUUGUAAGACUUUCAACUUUCUUCAUUGUCAAGAGUCCUUUCUCAAAAUCCUUAGACAACUAAAUUAAAUGCAUAGUUAUCACUAAAUUAUAUUAAUGAUUUUAGAAACUUCUUUGUUAGUUUAGAGAAACUAAAAGAUUUGAAUGAAUGUAAAGCAUAUAUUAUAUUUAAUUUAGUAUCUCUUUCUCUUGGAAAUAAUCCAAUAAUAAAUGAAUUAGAAUAAGCUAAUCUAUUGAGUCAAGCUUUAUCUAAACUCACAAAAUUAGAAACAUUAAUUUUAGGACUUGAUUCUAUAUUUAAUAAUGAUAGUAGAGAAACUAUAAUAAAAGGAUUAAGCAAAAUUUCUAGAUUGAAUACAUUACGUGUUUCUCUUAUUAAUUGUGAUUUAUCUGGAAAUGGAUUGAAAUCACUUUAUCCAUUGACAGAAUUAUAAAAUUUGAAAUCUUUAGAAUUGAUAUUAGUGGGUAGUAAAUUGAAAGAAGAAGAAAUGAAACAUUUGUAAACAAUUUUACAUAAACUUCCAAAAUUAACAAAAUUGAAUCUUAAUCUUUAUGCAAAUAAAAUAUAAAUUGAUGGAGCUAUAACUUUAAGAGAUGGAUUAUUUUAAUAAAGAUAAUUAAAAGAAUUUGAAAUAGAUCUAUACUUUAAUAAUAUAACUACAAAUGGAACAGAAAGUUUAAUGGGAGUGGUUGGUUCAAUGGAGAAUUUAACAUAAUUAAAUUUAGGUUUAGAAUUUAAUUACAUAAAAAAUGAGGGAGGAAUAUUGGUUGGAAAGGCAUUAUCAUAAUUAAAAAAUCUAAAAGAUUUAUCAGUAAAUGCAGCAACAAAGAAUUUUGGUUGGGAAGGUUAUGAAGCAAUAGUAAGUGCAAUUGAAAGAUUGCCACCUUUAGAAAGUUUAGAAUUAAUAAUUGGUGUCAAUAAAUGUGGUUUACCUGGAGCAGAAUUAUUAAAAUAAACUUUAUUUAAACAUGAUAAAUUAAAAUCUUUAAAAAUUAAUUUUCUAGAAAACUAUGUUGGUGAUGCAGGUGCAACAUAUAUUGCAGAAGGAAUUUAAUAUCAAAAAAACUUAUAAAUAUUAAGUGUUAAUAUGAAUUUCAAUUCAUUAUCUGAUAGAGGUGCACUUGAAUUAGCAAGAGCUGUUAAAAAUGCUAAAUCUCCAAAAGUAUAAUCUUUCAUAAUUUUUAGAUUGUUGAUUUUAGAGUCAGUUAAAAUUAAAUUACAGAUAAGGGUAUCAAAGAUGUAUUUUUACUUUUGGAAAAAGCACUUCCUAAAGUAGAUUUAUUGGAAGUAGAAUUAUUAAACACUGCACUUACAAAUGCAACAAGAGAUGAUAUAGAACUCAAAUAUGGAAAAGUUGAUAAAUUGUAAAUUAGAUUAAAUACAAUCCCCCCAAGUAAUUGGGAAUGA